UAUAUUAGUUAUCAGGAUUAUGGUGAUGUAAAGAAAGAAUUUGAUAAAACAAUAAAUAAUAAUGCUAGUCAACAACGUUUUAAGGAAAUAAUUGAUGAUAUGACUAAUGAAAAUUAUGGAGUAUCAUUGAAAAACAAUAUGCUUAGCAGUCUACAUAACGUUUUAUCUAACGAUCAUGCAUUUAUUAUUGGUCUCAAACCUCUAUACUGCAGCUAUAUUAAUUAUUGGUUAAAUAAAGAAGUCCAAAAUACAAGUAAUGCUGCUUAUGCAGCAUAUUUUCCUAUUUUCCAGGAAUUUUCAGAUAGAUUAUGUAAUAAGAUAAGUGGAAAUCUUAAGGACUCUUGUAGAAGUUAUAUAUUUGUCUUAGGCAAUGAUACAGUUAAUAAAAUGAAUUUCUUAUAUAAAUUAUAUGAUGUGUAUAAUGAAAUUAUAUCACAUUCUAAUAUGAAUAAGACUCAGACAUGCUAUAAACUUCUUCCUCUUGCAAAAAAUUAUCAUGAAUCUAUAGAUAAAUAUUAUUAUAAUGAUAAAGAUUUAUAUAAUAAAUUAGAAGAUAUUAAAGGUUUAAUUGAUGGAAUAAUAGGACGUACUAAAUAUUGUACACAGAGUAUAUUUUUCACAAAACCAACAAAUCUUGUCGAUCUCCUAAAAGCAGAACAAGCAAGGAGGGAGGCUGAAGUACGAGAAAAACUGGCCCAGGAAGAAGCAGCCAGACGAGCUGAGGAAGAAGCGGCCAGACGGGUCCUGGAAGAAGAAGCCAGACAGGUCAAGGAAGAACAAUAUAUCGAAGAACAAAAAUUAUUACAGUAUAAUGAUCCAUUUUCAAUAUCACGGAUUAAUCAUUUACAAGAAAUGCAUCAGAAAAAUCAGGAUUUCCAUUCCAUUAAAUAUGGAGGAGGUUCACAUAAAUUAGGAAAUACCGGAUUACACGAAACUACACGAAUAUCAUUUGGACAUUCAGAUAUGUCAGAAUCAUCACCAGGUGGAUCAAUUACACAUGCAAUAGAAGGAACGAAGCAUCCAAGAGAAAUAGAUAAUGAUCAAGAGGAUAAAGAUACAACAAGAUCUGGUACAGUUUUCAACUCAUCAGAUUUUCAAGGUUAUAUUACUGAAGUUUUAGAUUCUGUUGAUCCAAUACCUGUUGUUGGUGUAUCCGGUGGAAUGGGUGCUUUGUAUUUACUUUUAAAGUAUACACCAGUUGGAUCCUUCUUUGGAGGAGGAAGAAGACAAAUGCGUCAAAUUCGUAGAAAUGUUGAAGGAUUUCCACCAGGAGGAUUCCCAAAUUUUUAUGAAUAUGAUGGUGGGUUUAUUGGAUAUGCUCCUAUGAAUAUACCUUAUCCGGCGGAGUAG